GACUAGGCGGUAUGGUCGAAAGACCUGCGCCAUGGGCGAAAAAAAAAUUAAUAAUGUUGUGUUUGGUGAUUUUGGCUUUUGUUUGUGUUUAAAUGUGUUUGGAUUACCAUUUACCAUGUACUUCAUAAUAAAGACCACGGCUUAAAGUCUAAACGCUUUACCACUUUUAUGCUAAAAAAUAAUCAAUUUUAAGUGAAUAAUGUUUAGUGAAUAGCUGCAAACAAUCUCUAAUAUUAAUAAUUAUGUACCUAGUCAUUUUUUAUUACGUGUGAUAAAGAUAUUUUUAUAUAGUAUUCUAAGUUACGCAGCGUGUUAUUUUUAUUAAUGACUAUUUUAUAUCAUUCAAAAGGAGGUUUCAUAACCUUCGAUUUUAUAGAAAGGUAAAGUAGGCUUCUAAGUAAAUUAUAUUGCGCGUUCCUGUUAAGAUUAAGAAUGGAUGAGGAAUCAGUACCUCAAUUAUUCGUUGAAGGACAGUUUCUACCCAACAAAUGGGUGUAUAGAAAAACAGAAACUGAGUAUAACAUUAAUGGAGAAGUGUUUACAUUACAAAAUGAUGAUAAUGAUGACUAUUAUAAAUUUAAAGUUGUUUCUGAUACAGACAGUUUGGGUGAGAGUAGCACACUUGACAAAGAGGAGUGCAAGUUCCUUCCUGUGUCUAUAAAGAAAACACUUUAUGGUGUUAUUGUUAACGAUGCAAUUCUUCUUCCAAUUAAUAAUUGGAAUACAAUAAUAACAUUGGAAGAUCAUAUUUGGUGCUGUGUCUGUUUGGAUCUAGAUGUAGAUGCGAUUACUCACAUCAAAAGAGAUAUGCAUAUAAAAAGUAUGAAUGAGUAUCAGCCUUUGCAGAGAUUUGAUUUGAACCUUGUAAGAUUGAUUGAUCAACACUACCACUGUGCUGUAUGCAACGAAUCAUUCCAUAAAUCAGAAGAAAAUCAUUUCGACAGUGAAACUCAUGAAAACAAGAUAUUAUACGCAAUCAACCAUUGUUCAGAUGUUCAAGAUAUGCACAAUAUUGACCAACUCACUUAUCCAUUUGACCCAUUGUUCGCUCAUUUAUUCGAUUCCUCACAACCUCAAUCAUUUGGAUCAUCAAUCCCUCAUUCAGUCGAACCGUCGCACUAUCAUUCAAUCGAACACUCACCCAUUGAAUCACCCAGUGUAUCAUCUUCCCACUCACGCGCAGAUUAUGUGGAGAGUGUCAGUACAAGUGAGAGUGGGAUUGAUUUCAAUGAAAUGGAUGGAUUUAACGAUAUAAUCUGGGAUAACAUGCCAGUUGAACUUUCAUAUGCAUCCGUUGCUACGGCUGUGCCAAAGCUAUUUUUUAUAAACUGGUUCGGUACAAAAUAUAAGAUUGAUAAUGAUGCAUGGAACAUGAUAAUAAUGAUAAAGAGCCAGAAGAUCUAUUGUAUGGCGUGUAAAAUAAUUGAUGACGCCCACGUCAAACUUGAACAUUGCUUCAAGCAGGAACAUAUAGAAAAUCUCAAAUUAUGUACACCAGUUGAGAAAUAUAAGAAUUACAUUAUAAGAAAGGUUGACGAGAAAUUCUACCACUGCGCCAAUUGCAAUAAUCUUCAACUAGAGAGUAUGGUCGCAAAUCAUAUUGAACGGACACACAAACAAAAAACAAAGCCACUGAAAAACAAAAUCCAGGACACCCCGAAAGCAAAAGAAGUGCCAAGAAAACAGAGUAGUGAAAUCGAAAAUGAGAUUGAAAGUAAAAUAAACAGUAACAAUAUGCAAAAGAAUGACAGUAAGCGUAAAGUUACUGAAGAAAAAUUCCAAGAAAUUACCGUCACAAAAAGUAAGGAUCAAGAAAUAAAUGACACCCAAAGUCAAGUAUUAAACAACAUCGAAAGUCAAGGCCAAGCGAUAAACGACAUCGAAAGUCAAGGCCAAGCGAUAAACCAGAUCGAAAAUCAAGGCCAACCGAUAAACGAGAUCGAAAGUCAAGGCCAAGCAAUAAACAACAUCGAAAGUCAAGGCCAACCGAUAAACGAGAUCGAAAGUCAAGGUCAAAUAAUAAUCAAUUGUCAAGAAAAUAAUAAUGAUGAUGAUAUUACCAAGCGUGAAAUUAUAAUACUGCAAUUCGGUUGUAGUAUAAAAAUAUCAUUAUUAUCGUUUCAUUUAGUGUUUGUUACCCAAAAUAAUGAUUGUUACUGCAACCUGUGUGAUAAAACAGUUAGUAAACAGCAUAUUUCUCAGCAUCUAAUGGACGGUGUACAUAUAUUUUUGAUGCAGCGAAUGUUCAUACCAAACAUGGGUGUUAAUUUAAUAAGAAUUAUAAAUGUCACUUUGGAGAAUGGAAUCGUACGGUUAAAUGGCGGGUUACAUUGCGCUUUAUGUCAUUGUGUUAUGAACAACAACAGUUUGGAACUGAACAAGCACAUAACGACAUCCUUUCAUAUUGUUAACUUAAAUAAAGCCCUUCGUAAUGGUCAAAAAACUCAGGAUGAUAAUACAGAAGAAAAGGAAGACCAGAAGACAAUAGAAAAUGAAAAUUAUGAAGGAAAAAGAGUUGAAGAUAUGCCCACAGGUGUUGUUGACUUAAAUAAUUCGUUUUGUAAGGGUCAAGGAACCCAACAUGACAUUACAGAAGAAAAAAAAGAGGAGAGGCCAAUAGAAAAAGAAAAUGAUGAAGAAAAUAAACAUCAAGUUAUACCAACCGGUGUUGUUAACAUAAAUAAAGCUCUUUAUGAGGGUCAAACAAUCCGGGAUGAGAAUACAGAAGAAAAGAAAGACCAGAGGCCAAUAGAAGAAGAAAAUAUUGAAGGAAAUAGAGUUGAAGAUACACCAACAGGUGUUGUUGAUUUAAAUAACCUUUGCAAUGGUCAAAUAACCCAGAAUGACAAUACAGAAGAAACGAAAGACCAGAAGCCAAAAGAAAAUGAUGAAGAAAAAAAAGUUGAAGAUACGCCAACAGGUGUCGUUGACUUAAAUAAAUCCCUUUGUAAGGGUCAAAGAACCCAGGAUGACGAUACUGAAGAUAAGACAGUCCAGAGGCCAAUAGAAAAAGAAAAUGAUGAAGAAAAUAGAGUUGAAGAUACACCAACAGAUGUUGUUGACUUAAAUAAAGCUCUUUGUAAUGGCCAAAGAACCCAGAAUGAAAAUACAGAAGAAAAUAAAGUUGAAGAUACACCAAUAGGCGUUGCUGAUUUAAAUAAAGCGCUUUGUAAUGUUCAAAGAGCCCAGAGUUACAAGACAGAAGAAAAAGGCCCGAGGCCAAUAGAAAAAGAAAAUUUUAAAACUAAAGAUGGAGAAGAUACAUCAACAGGUCUUGUUAACAUAAAUAAAACCCUUGGUGAGAGGCAAAAAACCCAGGAUGACAAUACAGAAGAAAAGAAAAAACAGAGGCCAAUAAAAAAAGAAAGUGAUAAAAGAAACAGAGUUGACGAUACAACAGCAGGCGUUGUUGACUUAAAUAACGUUUGUAAUGAUCCAAAAACUCAGGAUGACAACACAGAAGAAACGAAAAACCAGGGGCCAAUAGAAAAAGAAAAUGUUGAAAAAAAUAAUACAGAUACACCAAUAGAUGCCGAAAAGCCAGAUAAAGACGAUAAUUUCGUCAAUAUGGAAAAAGCAUCUGAUGCAAAUAUUAAACCUCCUGAAAGAGUAAUUCGCAAAUCGAAAAUUAUUAAAGUUCCAAAUGAAAAUAAAACGGAACGAGAUCCAGCAAAUGAGAUAUAUACAGAAUUAGUUAAUAAUUUAAGAAAUAAAGGUUUAUGGAAAAAUAUCGGUGACGUACGUGUGAAUGAAAUUUUCUUUGAAAUAAUAAUGGCUAAGUUGAAGAAUAAAAAUAUAAAAAUUAGUUUUGCAUCUUACAACACAUUUGUAUCUGUGGGCAACGGAACUUGGUAUUGUCUUGUGUGCUCUGUGGAAUUAUUUAAAAUGGGCGUGCACUUUACUAUUGAUGGCCAUUUGAAGAACUUAAAAAAACACGCUUUUAUAGACAAAUACGAUAUUAAUUUAAUUCGUCGGAAUAGGCAAUACUAUCACUGCGGAGUAUGCAAUAUAAUGAUCACAAAAGAUGAUUUACAGACGCACAUAACAUGGAAUGAACACACUAACAAUUUGUCUGAUAGUAUGAAAAAUCGGAACAGAAAUUUAAAAGAAUUAAAAUCAAUCGAUCUCAGUCUGGGAAAGGAAACACAAUUCCACGACCUUUCGUUACAUACAAAAAUUGUUGCAAACUAUAAAUUCGAAGCUGUCAACACUACGAGUGUUGCCAAGAAGAAUAAAAUUAUCAUCCACGCGGGUAAAUCCUUUAAAUUGACGUGGGACGCAUGGCAGGGUGUUACGAAGAAUAAAAAUGGCUACAAGUGUAUAUUGUGCAGGGUUGAUAUGAAAAACUACGAUUUAUCGGGUCAUGUGAAUACAGAGAGGCAUACAACAUUGUUGAAAUCGUUUGAAAAGAAAUACUUGCCAGCAUUGAUAAGAAAGAUCAACGACUCGACUGUCAAUUGCCUCACCUGUGAUAGUGAAGUAUCGAGCAAAGAACACAUAUUAUUAGAUCAUAUAAAAGGUAAAAAACACUUAAAAAACCAUAAAUACAUCCUUAAUGUGUCAGAUAAAGGUUGCUACGAUGAUGUACUUAAUCUGUAAUGUUUUGUCUAUGAUAUCUGUCAACUGAUAAUGACAUUCCUGUUAACAUUUCUUAUUAUAAAUAUGUUUUAAAGACUGAUUUUUUUCUAUAUCUAUUAUCUUUGUUAUGAAUAGUUUGAAAAAACUGAGUUAGACUGAUAUUUUCUUUUUUUUAAUCUGUUAUCUUUUAUGUAAGUAUUCGCGACCAGGCUCAAGACUUUUGACUUCGCCUAAUAUAUUCUACUUUCAAAUAAUUAUAUUCGGAAAUACUGACGCAUAGACAAACUGUUAGAAGUUUUAUAUUUAAGAUUAAUCGUGAAAAAUUUUGCACAUUCGGGCUAUUUUAUAAGAGAGUAAUAUGUCUAUUAGUACAUUAUAUAUAAUAAAUGGUGCAAAUUAUUAGUUUACUGUUAUAGAUUAUUUAAGUUUGCAUUUAUAGUGGAUAAAUCCUUAAUAAGUAAAUAGUUUAUGUAGCUGGUAACUUUGUACGAUUCUGAGUGACUGUGAUUCUUAUUGUAUUUUUAUAGUGAUUUUCUAUCUACGAUGCUUUUCCUUUUUUUACCUUUUCUAUUAUAAGAUACGUAAAACGUUUAUAAAUAAACUCUAUAUUAUUUAUUUUUUAUAAAAAUGACCAAAGUAAUUUGUCGUGGCUUUGUUUUAAUCCAAUUAAAACAAAUUAAAGCUACAAUAAAGUGAUUUGUAUUUUAAUAUACCUUCUCCACAUAUUGUAUAGCGAAUUUAUUAGUAGUGUGUAAGAAAAUUAUUUAAUAAAAAAUACAGAUUAAGGGUAAACUAUGUCGAGACUUAGCGCGAACUAUGAGAUGUCAAAACGUACUUGACGUGUGUGUCACGUUCUUACUCUUACUCCCGUUUGACAUAAACGUCGUAGUUCCCGCUAAGACAUUUCGUCUCAGAAAUUCAGCAGCAUUUAAGUGUUACAGUAUUACUUAAAGCCAUAUUGUAAAAUUAUAACUCAUUAAAAUAAGGUUGUUGUGAUA